GCAACUGAAGGUCACCUGAUAUUCUGUGAACUUUGUCCAUCAUGAUCCGAGUCCACUUUGUAGAACGCAGUGUGUGAGUGUGUGUGCAUUGUAACAUAACUUGGGCAUUUUAUGCGGUAAGCAGCAGACAUGGCGGGAGUGACAGGAAUGACUCGGUCGCUACGUCAGCAGAUGAAGUCUCGCUUCAUCAACUGGUCUCUGACACACGUGCGAGCCCAGUCUACAGUGCAGCCUCCAGGGUACAAACAGUCUCAGAGAGGACAAGCAACACAAGUUGCAAUAAAAGAACCUCCUCGAACAGAGGUCGAGUACAAGCCAAUCAGAAGUCUGCUCGUCGCAAACAGAGGAGAGAUCGCUAUCCGAGUGUUCCGAGCAUGUACAGAGCUGGGUAUCCGAUCCGUGGCAAUCUAUUCGGAGCAAGACAAGAUGCACAUGCACAGACAGAAGGCGGACGAAGCCUACCUCAUUGGCAAAGGAGGGCCUCCUGUGGCAGCUUACCUGAACAUUCCUGAGAUUAUCAGGGUCGCCAAAGAAAACGACGUGGAUGCCAUCCAUCCAGGUUAUGGUUUCCUCUCAGAACGGUCAGACUUCGCCCAAGCCGUGAUUGACGCAGGAAUCCGAUUCAUCGGUCCGUCACCCUUCGUCGUUCAACAGAUGGGUGACAAAGUCGCUGCUAGACAAGCCGCUAUAGCUGCAGGAGUGCCGAUUGUCCCUGGUACAGACGGUCCAGUCACUACAUCUGAUGAGGCUAUGGAGUUCUGUCUGAAGCAUGGUCUCCCUGUCAUAUUCAAGGCAGCCUACGGAGGUGGUGGCCGUGGUAUGAGAGUCGUUCGGAAGAUGGAGGAAGUCAAAGAGAACUUUGAGAGAGCCAGUUCUGAGGCCGCGACUGCCUUUGGUAACGGAGCCAUGUUCAUUGAGAGGUUCAUCGAGCGUCCUCGUCAUAUUGAGGUCCAGCUGAUGGGAGACAAGGCUGGUAAUGUGAUCCAUCUGCACGAGAGAGACUGCUCCGUCCAGAGAAGACAUCAGAAGGUUGUAGAAAUUGCACCGGCUCCGCUGCUUGAUGACAAGGUGAAAAAUGCCAUGUUUGAUAAUGCUACCAAUCUGGCCAGACAUGUUGGAUAUUCAAAUGCAGGGACUGUGGAGUUCUUGGCUGAUAACCAUGGAGGCUUUUACUUUAUUGAAGUCAACGCUCGUCUCCAAGUAGAGCACACUGUUACUGAAGAAAUCACUGGUGUGGACCUGGUACAGACUCAGAUCCGAGUGGCCGAGGGCAUGACUCUACCUGAGUUAGGACUCACCCAGGACAAGAUAAAACCACAAGGAUAUGCUAUCCAAUGUCGUGUGACCACCGAGGAUCCUGCCAAGGGAUUCCAGCCUGAUACCGGUCGAAUUGAGGUGUUCCGUAGUGGUGAAGGUAUGGGCAUUCGAUUGGACGGAGCUUCUGCCUUUGCUGGUGCCAUCAUCUCGCCAUACUACGACUCUCUGCUGGUCAAGGUAAUCGCUCACGCAGCCGAUCUACAAGCCUCGUGCGCCAAGAUGAGUCGGGCUCUGCGAGAGUUCAGAGUGAGAGGAGUCAAGACAAACAUUCCAUUUCUGCUGAAUGUGUUGGAGAACCAAAAGUUUGUCAAUGGAACUGUUGACACUUACUUCAUCGACGAGAACCCCCAGCUUUUUGCUAUGAAGCCUUCACAAAACCGUGCGCAGAAGUUGUUGAACUACUUGGCAACUGUUUUGGUCAACGGGCCUUCAACGCCUCUCGCUACCAGCUUGAAGCCUGCGGAAGUAAACCCACCAAUUCCGGAACUGGGGAUAGAUUACCAGAACUUACCCGUCAAUGAGGAGGGGGAGGUUUUAGGUCUGGAGCCACCCAAAGGCUUCCGUCAGAUCCUGAAGGCGGAGGGACCGGAGGCGUUUGCGAAGGCGGUGCGAGCUAAGAAGGGUCUGUUGUUGAUGGACACAACGUUCCGAGAUGCCCAUCAGUCUCUGCUUGCCACUCGUGUCCGAACACGGGACAUUGUCAAUAUCUCGCCCUUCGUAGCGCACGCCUUCCACAACCUGUACUCACUGGAGAACUGGGGAGGAGCUACGUUUGACGUCAGCUUGCGAUUCCUUCACGAGUGCCCUUGGGAGCGACUUGAGGAGAUGCGCAACAGGGUUCCCAACAUUCCCUUCCAGAUGUUGUUGAGAGGUGCAAACGCUGUUGGAUACACAAACUACCCCGACAACGUUGUGUACAAGUUUUGUGAACUAGCAGUUCAGACGGGAAUGGACAUUUUCCGAGUGUUUGACUCCCUGAACUACCUGCCUAACCUCAUCCUGGGCAUGGAGGCUGCUGGAAAGGCUGGUGGAGUGGUCGAAGCUGUGAUUGCCUACACAGGAGACGUCUCUGACCCGAAGCGAACAAAAUACAACCUCAAGUACUACACAGACCUGGCUGGUGAACUGGUCAAAGCAGGCACACACGUUCUCUGCAUUAAGGACAUGGCUGGUCUGCUGAAGCCUCAGGCUGCCAAGUUGUUGGUCACAGCCCUGAGAGACAAAUAUCCCGACCUUCCGAUCCACAUCCACACCCACGACACUUCAGGUGCUGGAGUCGCAUCGAUGUUGGCUUGUGCUCAUGCUGGAGCUGAUGUCGUGGAUGUUGCCGUUGACUCCAUGAGUGGAAUGACUUCCCAGCCUAGUAUGGGAGCCAUUGUAGCUUCUCUGCAGGGCACAGAUCUGGACACAGGUAUGGACCUUGCUGACGUAUCUCAGUACUCCGCCUACUGGGAGCAGACACGUCAGCUGUACGCUCCGUUUGAAUGCACUACCACCAUGAAGUCAGGCAACGCUGAUGUCUACCUCAAUGAGAUACCCGGAGGUCAAUACACCAACCUGCAGUUCCAGUCUUACUCCCUCGGUCUUGGAGAUAUGUUCGAAGACGUCAAGAAGUCUUACAGAGAGGCCAACCUGCUUCUUGGUGACAUUAUCAAGGUGACUCCAUCAUCCAAGGUGGUCGGGGACUUGGCUCAGUUCAUGGUCCAGAACCACCUGAAGAGUGAGGAUGUGAUGGCCAAAGCCGAGGAACUCAGCUUCCCCAAGUCUGUGGUGGAGUUCCUGCAAGGAGCCAUAGGAGAACCUUAUGGAGGAUUCCCUGAACCCCUCAGGAGUAAGGUACUGAAGGACAUGCCCAGAGUGACUGGUCGACCUGGAGCCAGUCUGCCACCUCUAGACUUCAACAAACUCAAAACCGACCUGCAGGAGCGCCACCCCAACAUUAGCGACAAGGACGUGAUGAGUGCUGCACUCUACCCUCAGGUCACUGAAGACUACCUGAAUUUCCGAGAGAUCUACGGACCUGUCGACAAAAUCGAAACCAGGAUAUUCCUCGUGGGACCGAAAGUUGGUGAAGAGUUUGAGGUUACCAUUGAGAAGGGUAAGACCCUUGGUAUCAAGACUCUAGCCAUUGCCGAAGACUUGACCCCGAGUGGUGAGCGAGAAGUGUUCUUUGAGAUGAACGGUCAACUGCGAUCUGUCUUCAUCAGGGACAAGGAGGCAACCAAGGAGAUGCACUUCCACCCCAAGGCAGAAAAGGGCAACAAGGACCAAGUCGGGGCUCCGAUGCCAGGAACCGUGAUGGAAGUGAGAGUCAAGGUUGGCGACACUGUGGACAAAGGUCAACCGUUGGUCGUGAUGUCAGCGAUGAAGAUGGAGAUGGUUGUCCAAGCACCCCGCGCCGGCAAAAUCAAGAGUGUCGACAUCACCGUAGGAACGAAACUAGAUGGAGACGAUUUGUUGUUGUCCUUUGAGUAAACAGAUAACUGAUGUAAGGAGAGUAAACCCGAAAAGACUGAUGAGUCGUUGUGUCAGAGUGUGUAGCACACUAUAAAAGACUUAAAUACUCGUACCGUGUACAGUUUCCUAAUCACUUUUUGGUGAUUUAGAUUUAUAUUGCAAGACCCAACAGCCGAAAGCGAGAUUUUAAUCAUCUAGCCGAGCGUGAUGGUAUAUUUGCUGCUCUAGCUGAAACAUAAUCGAGGUUUAAUGUUAAUCUGUGAUAGAUUUUUUCAUUUGUCUGGGUGUCUGCGCUGUUAUUUGUUUUGGGGAGGAUAUUUUCGGUUAUCUGUUUACCUCGCUUGUUGUUGCCUUGGCUUACCAUGUAAGUCGUGUAUACUUGCCUCUAUAUAUAUUAUAUAAGAUUUUAUAUGUUAUGUAUAUUUUGAUUGUUUUAGAUUGUAUUUAUAAUGUUGGCGCUGUUGUUGUAAUUUAUUUAUAUGUAGUUUUAAAUUAAAGUUAAUAAACAUUUUACAUUAAA